GGGGGAGGGGGACGAUGGUGCGCGGGGCCCGGCGCUGAGCGAUGGAAGGAGUCCUGUACAAGUGGACCAAUUACCUCACCGACACCAACUCCAGUGCCAGAUUCUUCAGGAGGAAUACUGCUUCAAGACUGACCGAAAUUAAAGAAGAAAAAGCAGAGCAUCUUGCUGCUACUCAUAAGAAAUGCUGCCUCAAGAGCUGCAGAAACUAAUGAGGAAACAGUGGAGUGUCUUGCUGCCAAUCGCGUAAGAGAUGUUGCCUUAAUUGCUGCAGAAACUAAUGUUGAAAAGGUGGAAUAUCUCACAGAAAUUUGUUUAAGACAUGCAGGCACAAGAGCCACAAAGUCAUGAAGGAACAGCGGAACGGCGCAAGGAAAAAUAACAACCCGGGCAAAGAAUGGGUUGGCAGCCUCGCUGGUUUGUUUUGGACAAUGGGAUUUUGUCGUACUAUGAUUCACAAGAUGAUGUUUGCAAAGGUAGCAAAGGAAGCAUAAAGAUGGCAGUAUGUGAAAUUAAAGUUCAUCCAACAGACAACACAAGAAUGGAGCUAAUAAUUCCAGGGGAACAACAUUUUUAUAUGAAAGCAGUUAAUGCAGCUGAAAGACAAAGAUGGCUAGUAGCACUUGGGAGUUCUAAAGCCUGUUUGACAGAUACCAGAACAAAAAAAGAAAAAGAAAUUAGUGAAACCAAUGAAUCUCUUAAAACCAAAAUGUCUGAACUUCGCCUCUACUGUGAUCUCUUAAUGCGUCAAGUUCAUACAAUACAAGAAUUUGUGCAUCAGGAUGAGACUUGCUCCUCUCCCAGCAUUGAGAACAUGAACGAAGCUUCUUCCUUACUCAGUGCUACAUGUAAUACGUUUAUUACAACACUUGAAGAAUGUGUGAAGAUAGCAAAUUCCAAGUUUAAGCCAGAGAUGUUUCAACUGCCUCAUCCUGAUCCUUUAGUUUCUCCUGUGUCACCUUCACCUGUUCAAAUGAUGAAACGUUCCAUUAGCCACCCUGGUACUUGCAGUUCAGACAGUUGCAGGAGUAGUCACUCGGUAAAAGAACCAGUUUCUUCAGUUCACCGGCUAUCACAAAGACGCAGAAGAACAUACUCUGAUACAGAAUUCUAUAAUGAUAUUCCCCUUGAAGAUACAGAAAGAUCUGCUCACUGUUCAAGAAGUACACUCAAUGGGGAUUUGGCAGUGUCAACCAUUCCUGAAGAAAACAAAUCUGUGUCCAUGAAAAAAUCUGAACUGGAAGAGACUCUUGCAUUCUCUUCUUCCUGAAGAAACUGAAGUAUUCAACUUUCUUUAAGUAAUGCUAUGCAAAAGCUGCUGUAAUUAUAUUAUUGUUAUAGGAAGUAGUUCUUUCCCUUUUAGAAGGAUUUCUCUGCACUUUAUAGAUAAAUGUAAAAACUAACUUCAAAGUGUAUUUUAUCUUUAUAUCGUUUAUUUGCAAGAGUAUUUUCCUAAUACUUCACAGUUUGAAUGUGUGGUUGCUCUUUUUUUGUGGUUUUUUUUUUGUUUUGUUUUUUGAACAAAUGAUGGUUUAACAGAAAAACAUCUUCAUUUGUAAAUUUAGCUCUUUUAAAAAGUGUGAAGGUCUGAUUGACAUCUUAAGUAAGCCUGUGAUUAGAAACCUUGGAAAAAAGGUUUCAGAUUUUGGGCAGAAAAUGUAACUUGUGCCAUGGACCAAUUGGUUGUUUGUACAAACCUGGGACCUGAUCUCGUAGUCCUUGUGUACUCCAUAGUUCCACUGGAAUGGGAAUUUUACCUAAUAAAAGGACUGUGGCAUAAGCAUGCUAGUGGGUUGUUAUAUCAGCUUGAUGGUAAUUAAUAUUUCCUGCCUUUAAAACCACAAGGUUAUAAAUUAUCUGGUCCUUAUUUUUAGCCAAUGAAAGUAGAAAUAUCUAGUGUAUUUUUCUAAACAAAUAUAUAAAAAGUAACUUAUCUUAAUAUGAAGCAUUUGUACCAAACAUUGGAUAUUUAACAAUUUUUAUUUAUUUAUUCCUUUUUGCAUCAAAAAAUUUCUACUGACUUUCAUUGCUAAAGAUAUACAGAUUUUAUGACACGCUUAAAUCAUUGAGGAAGUGUAUCGCGUUAUUAAAUGGCUCUUGUAGCACUGUUUAGAUUUACUGUGCAAUCAAAUGAAACAGCUUAAGUAUUCUGUCUAACAAGGUAUUAUUUUAGUGCUUGCUUCUAUAAUAGACCAUUGAGCUGCUGUUGUAAUGAAUAUUUUGUUAUCUAUAUGUAUUUUAUUUAUGAUCUAUAUUUAUACAGAAAAGGGGUUUCUGUUGUUUUUGACUUCUAAAUAUGAUGUCAAGUUGGCUUACAUCUGGAGCUAGAUUCUGAUCAAAUUUACAUAAAUAUUAAUUUCAAGUAGGAUCAGAAUUUGGUUCUAAUUACUCUGUGAAUAAUAUAGAAUAGCAGUGCCUGCUAGCACCUUGCUUGUAUAAGGUUGUUAGUGUUUGCAUUACAAACUUGGUUUUUAUAUUCACUUUUUUGGACAAAAUUGCUCUAUAAGGUGUUAGUCCUGGAGUACUUUAAAAAAUCAUUUGCUGUUUUAAUUUACACAGUGUUUAAUAAAUACAUAUUUUUUGCACUCUUAUGCACCAAAUUCUGUUUUAUAAUCAAACUUCCUUUAAUUUGAUAAUUCUAUUGCCCCAUUAUUAUUUUUCACAUGUACAAAAACAUUCAUUUGUAUGGACUCAAGAAGAGGAAUAAAGAAUGAAACAGAGCUUUCCUUUUACAUCAAGCAGGUCUAAAUUUUCACAAAAAUAUGAGCAAUUACAUACCUAGAUCUGCAAUCCUGCAAAAAUUUAUGCAUGGUGCACAGAAUGGAACUACUUGCAUAAAGUAGUCAUGUGUUUGCUGGAUCAGAGUCCUAAUUUGUGCUUAGAUUACCAAUUGCAUGUAACUAGCCAUUUGCACACACAAAUUAGUCAUACACAUGCUUGCACAUGUUUCUGAAAAUUUGCAUUCUAAUGUAUUCGGUCUUAGUCUCCUGCUGUCUUAUCAGAACUGUAAAAGAAAAUGUUAAAAAGUGACCUGAUCAAACAUUCCAGUAUUAUAUAUACUGCAACAAAAGUAUUGCAGCUGAUCAUAUUUUUUUAGAGUUAUCAUUAUAUUGUUGGAACGAUCAUAUUUAAGCUCUGGUAUAGCUAGUUUCAAAUAUUUGGGCAAAUGCAUUGUUUUUACUUUUUGAGUUCUUUUAAUUUGGUUAGGGAUUUUUAUUGUACACAAUUCUUGUUCACGUUUGUAAAAACGAAAUCCAGAUCCAAGUUUUCUGAGCUAAGGUUGCAAAAGAAGAAAAAUCCCUUUAAAUUACAUUAUUUCAGUAGUUUUUUUCAUUCCUGUAAGUUUUGAGUGAAUGAAAAGAAGAAAUUGGAAUUAAAAUUAACUUGUUGCACUUAAUAUGAACCUUACACUCGUUUUUGUCACCUGUAUAAACUCAUUUAAUAGGAUAAGCAAAACACUGAAAUGCAUUUAGAUAUCUUCUUUUUCCUAAUAAUAUUGGAGUUGCAUAAAUGUCUUCUUUUCUAGGAAUACAUGUCUAAUCAGGGUAACUGAGUUGCCAGGGCAAAAUGUUAACAAACAAAUUUAUUCUGAAAUAUCACUGCUAGCGACCUAUCUAAAUUGUGGCAGAAGUUCACAGUGCAGCAGUGCCUUUAACCUUACCUUUAAUUUUUUUUUUUUUUUUUUUUUUUUUUUUUUUUUUUUUGCCACAAGCCCCUCACCUCAUUGUGGCUGCUGAGUGACCAAGAGGGAAAAACCACAGCAUUAAUUGCCUCUCGGCCAUUCAGCAUUUGUGGGGGUGGGGAGUAGCAUGUGAAAAGAGCAAGAUUAAAGGCGCUGCUGCGCCAUGAAUUUCUGCCACAAUUUAGGGAGGUUCCUAAUCAUUGUGUUUUAGCCCAGAUUACAUUUUACCAAUGUAUAUGUGUGCUCAAAGCAUAUGUAGCAUUAGUGCACAAGACCUUCAUGUAAUGCAUAGUAUUUAUUUUAAUUCCAUUGUUGUUCACAGUUUUAAAACUGAUUUGUGCAUAUAGUUUUGAAUGAUGUGGUUUGUAACAUUGCCAUGGAUGAGAGAAUGACUUACCUCGCCUCCUAGAUGCAAAAUAGUCAAUUAAAUAACAUUAUUGCAUUGCAUUACCAUGCAUUUCAUAAUUUAUUGUAAUUAGUAAGUAUGCAUAUUUAGUACCAAAAAAAGCAGGAACUUCUAGUCUGUAGAUUUGAACCUCCAGAUUUGCCAAAACACGCAAUGUUUUAGUUGGUUAACAAUGGGACCAAUUUAUAUUAUGUAUAAAUUGGUGUUGUAGAGAAUUCAUGUCAGUUACUUGGAAAAAACAAACGUACAUAGUCCUCAUCACGAGUGCUUUUAAUAAAUAGAGCUAGGUAAUGAAUGUGGUCCAUCUCCCACUGAAGGCAUUACAAAGUUUCUACUUACAGUAAAAGCCCUGUUAUCCGGCAUUUUACUAACCGGAAUGCUCUAUUAAUUACGGCCAACUGGCUGGAUGUGGGGAGACGGGGGGAAGCUUGCAUGCGGUGGCUGCCGCUGCCACCUACCACCCUGCGCUGCUGCUGCUCUGCAUCUGGCUGAAAUGUCCACCCUGCGCUGCUCCAGAUCUGGCUGCCGCUACCCUCUUUCCCCCCUGCUCCACAUCCGGCGGAAAACAGCCAGCCUCAGGUAACCAGACUUUCUAGAUAUCUGGCACCCCACCACGCUGCAUGCGUGCUAGAUAACAGGGCUUGUACUGUGCUUCAGUGACUCAGAAUCAAAACCCAACUCUCCUUUAACCUUUUCAACUUCUGUUGAAACUGCUGGUUAGUACAGUGGAUGGAAGUAAUUUUACUUUGUAUUGAGCCACUAAAAAUUGGUUAAACCAAAUCAUGCCCCAGGGCAUUGAUUUUUAUUAAACUUAUUGGAGUUAGAAUGAAAUAUUAGCGUGAGCUGUCACAUUAACUGUUCACUGGGCGUGUCUAUAUAAGACGCUAACUGUGCAGUAGGUGAAUAAUAGUACACUAGUAGUGUGUCACAGCACCAACAGUGCUGAUACACUACUGUGCAGUAUUAUUAGGUUACUGCACAGUAGUAUCACUUAAAAGGCAUUUGCUGGCACUACUGCGUAGUAACCAUGGUUACUGCACAUUUAUUUAGUAAUUGAUUCUGCAAGUACUAAAUAAAUGUGUAGUAACCACUGCACAGUAGUAUCUCAUGGAACCACACCCACUACUGCAUGCUUUAGAGGGAAAUAAAUUGUCCUGUUUAUCUCCUUUCUAUGAUCUUAUUCUCCUUGUGUGUUUCUGUCUUCUCCCGAAGCAAAAAGUUCUACAGAACCAUCUUAGUGUGGUUACUUCUCUGCUUUUCAUUUCCUUCAUGUGUCAGUCUAACCUUUUUUCCACUUGAAUACUGUCAGUAUUCGCCGUUACCUGCAUCUAAUACAUUCUGUUUCCACCUCCCUGGGUGACUUCUUGUCCCUACUUUUUAUCAUCUUCCCUAACUGUUUCUUAAGUUGUAGUGCUCUCUUAGGCCCUAGCACAUGUUUAUUUAAUGGCAUGAUGCAUGCACAUGUGUAUGGCAGGAUGUGCAAUUUUGUGAUUAGAUCAGAUCCCACUCAUUCCAUUUCUAUAUGUCAGUGCAGGGGAGCCCUGGAUCACAUUGAAAGCUGGUAGUCUGCAGCCUGGCAUGAACUGGCACAGUCCUGGGGCAGCUGAUAGUUGGGACCAGCCUCAGGACCCAGAGCCCUGUACACCAAUGUCAGAAAAUUUGUGUGCAACCCAGCUGUUUAUAAGGUUUUUUUUAAGGUCCCGGCGUGCUGGAGCUCCAGGAUCCAUGACUGUGGUGUCUCCAUUCUCUGGCUGUACGCAAUUUUUAAAGGUUCUGGUAUACAAAAACCCUGGGAUCAGGGACCUCUUCCCCAGUCCCAGGGUCCCCAUGGCUGGGAAGUGUCAAGUGCCUUGUUCUACAGCACCCUGGGCACUGUGGUUUGAUACAGUCAAAUCUGCUGGGUUAUAGAUAGCCAUGGGGCUACACCUCAGGGCUCUCAGCCUGCCAACAUGGAAGAGCUGUCCACCAAGCCCUGCCCUACAGCCACCAUUGGGCUAUAUGGCAAGGCUAUCUGCCACACAUUCAGUUUAAGGCACGAUGGAAACCAACAACAAAAUCAGCUUUUUCUGGUAUAUUUUUUUGGCUGUUUUCCUGUUCUUGUCACAUGAUUACAAACCCUACCUAGGAGGGUUACUGUUUAUGGCAUAAUUAACAGGCUAAUCACACAGUAAGUGAAUGUGUGCCAGCAGAUUUACUUGAGCUCUCAUCUUGUAACCUGCGUGUUUUCUAUGAGUCACUAAGGCUAUAUCUGUACAGCAAUGCAGUGCCAUGCACCUCACCUCAGCUAGUGCUGAGUGAACUAAAACCAGAGGCAGUACAUCUACAGUAACAAGGCAUUUCACCUGGGCUAACUAGCUCUCAUGAGAUGCAGGGAAUAUUUGUCUGGGCAGCAUGCUGUGCUUAUAUAUUCAGUGCCUGGGAUGCCCAAGCUAUUUGUGCAGAACAGCAUUAUGAGUUUCAACGUACCCUAAGCUCCCUUAACUUCCAUGGAGGUCAAAGAUUCUUAUUGCCUGAUGGGUACAAGAGUAAGGAGAGGCAGAGCUAGAUCCAAAUGUGUUUCAGAGCUCUCCAUGUGUUUGCUUCAUCUUACUUCUAUGGCAUUGCUUUUACCAGCUCAGCCUUUACAUUCUUAUCUGCCUCCACCCCCCAGGUACUUGCCAAAGUUGGGGAGGGAAUGAUUUUUGUGUUGCCCUGUUUAAAACAUGUCCUUUUGAAAAACUGAAUUAACUUCACUUUUAAUUCUUUACUUUAAAACUUUUCUUCUUUUAUCAUAAAACUUCUGUAUAACAUUUUAAUGCCCUGUAUGAGUUAUGAAAAUAAAAUGUACUGUAUUUUAGUAUCUAAAGGAAAAGUUGAAGACAUUUUGUUUUUUCAGCAAUAUGACUUCGGUUUAAGCUGUCCAUAUACAACUUCAUGCAAGCCAAGCCAAGUGGCAAUUGCCUUCCUCCUUAAAGAUUCCUAAAUACAUUUCUUAUAGUUGAUUAUGAUCUCCUGUUUUGCUUCUGAAGGCAUUGCUUAUUGCACUUAUUUUUAUAUGUAAUUAUUAAAUGCAAGCCUUUUUAAGUAUGUAACUGUCCAAAACUUUAGUUUAUGCCAUGUUAAGCUGGCCUGGUACUACUUCAUGCUUUAUCAGAAUCGUGGCUGAACUUAAACACAAAAAAUAAAGUACAUGCUCCUUUUACAAUGCAGCCAGUACAAUCUGCCUUCACAGAGCUGGCUUUGGAACGGUGCAGCUGUAGUAAAUAGACUCUAGGAAAAAAUAAAGGACUAUUCCAUUGUU